AAAGUUUCCAUGGCAUCAACAGAGUGUAAUUAAGGUAAUGGCUGUGUGCACAACAAAAGCCGGCAGUAUCUUCCAAACAGUGACACGCUGUGAGAUCCCCUUCCUGUAAGGCGUUCAAGAUGAAUUUUUGUGGCUCUGAAAAUGGAGUGUCCCAGUAGCGAAUGCUGUCUUCGGACGAGAACGAAAUGGGUAGCAGUUUCGAUUCUGCCAUGAAGACACCGGUAAAGAUUUUGCGCGAAACACCGCUUAAGUACCAAACGAGCGAUCACAUAAACAACCUGCAAGAGGAAAAAGAAAACUUCCUCAAGUUUGGCAACGUACCACGAUUUCAGUUCGCCGGUGCUGUGGACUGGCUGGGAACAAACAAGAAAAACAGUGAAAUUCGAUUUGACUUUUAUCAAGAGGCGCGUUACAUUUUGGAGCGCGUCAGAGAUGUCUAUGGCAGUGGCGAUACAUUUUUCGACGCGGCUUUUGGAGAAAAGAUUUCUCUUAGCCAAGCGUCUCAGACUGUGCUACAGUAUUUGAAAUCGCACGGUUUGGAUGGCUCACUGAGGGUAUACUGGACAAGUGAUUUGAACUGCAGUGGGAAGAUGCUCUGGCAAGGACCCAAUGUACGCUACAAUCGACCCGAAGCACGGAAAUUUAGUCUGUGGCUGAAGAAGAGCAGUGAAAAUGUUUAUCUCCGAGAACACGGGAUAAAAAGUUUGAUGGACCACGAAAUUGGCACUCAUUUUCUUCGGGCCACAAAUGAUGGUUUGCAGCCGUGGUACUCAAACCGGAACAAAUUCAAUCUUCGCUCUCCUCGGUCUUACACUGGUAGAGUCAACGAGGAAGGUCUGGCAGCGAUCAAUACCAUUUAUCAAGCGCAAGUUAAAAUGCUGUUUCUACCCGCAUUACUCUACUACACAGCGUGUAUGUCAACUGAAAUGUCCUUCAAGGAGCUGUUUGAGCAUCUAGCGAUGUACAUAUACGAUCCAGAGCAGAGAUGGAAGCAGGUGGUACGGGCCAAGAGGUGUCUCUCCAACUGCAGCGACACAGGAGGCUGUGGAUACGAUCAGUGUUAUUUUGAAGGAGCUGUGACUAUUUUGCGUCAGGUGAACGAUAUCGAUUUCAAAUUGAUGUAUGCCGGGAAAAUCUGUUGCGACGAGCUGCAGAGGAUCAAGCGCAUUGCACGACAAGGCUGUCUCAAACUGCCUCACUUCCUGAAGGAUAUAGUGGCCUACAAGAAAACCCUGAACGAAAUUGCUUUAACGAAUGGACUUAUACAGAAAAUUAACAGACCUCUGUCGAGUCGAAAUAGCUCUCGACCUAAAGCACGCAAAAAGAAGUCUUUAGUUUCACCGCAAGAUCGGGUACAAUCCAGAAUUUUUAGUUGUCCUAAAUCGAGAUCGCAAAGUGGUCCGCUUUUAACAAAUCUUCCGACCAGGAUGUUGCCUCGGCGUUCCAACAUAUACAGAAGACUGUGUACGAGUGUGGCCUCUUUCGCUCCUCUAUCAUCUUAAGAGGAGAAUAAUUCAACGAAGCACUGUGUUUAGGUGCUCGUAGAGUGUAAUUGGUUACAGUUUUUGAGCGCGGCUGAAGUCCAUUCAAGACGUGUGUGUGAAUUUUAGAGUGGACAGACCAAAGAAUUGACAUGACACUAAGUCAGCUAAAGUUAUUAAAAAAUGAAGACUUUGUCUGAUA